ACGCGCGAAGAAGGCACCAUGCACCUGCCUCCCCGCCAGCUCCUCCGUCUCCUGCUCCAAGCUCUGGCGGCUCUCUGGAGCCGGCUGGCCCUCCUCUGCCUUUGGGGCCCGGUCCGCCGCAAAGUCUCCCCGAGCUCAGCUCCGAAACCGGGCGCCGUUCCCCCGCCGGUGCCGCUCAGCGUCAACUACCACUUCACCCGCCAGUGCAACUACAAGUGCGGCUUCUGCUUCCACACCGCCAAGACUUCUUUCGUCCUUCCGCUGCAAGAGGCUAAGAGGGGGCUCCGGUUGCUCCAAGAGGCCGGUAUGGAGAAAAUAAACUUCUCGGGUGGUGAACCGUUUCUGCAUGAGCGAGGCACAUUUGUCGGGAAGCUGGUCCAAUUUUGCAAGGAGGAGCUAAAGUUGCCAAGUGUUAGCAUUGUGACCAAUGGUAGUAUGGUUAAGGAGAGAUGGUUCAAAUAUUAUGGGGAAUAUCUAGAUAUUCUUGCCGUAUCUUGUGAUAGCUUCAAUGAAGAAGUCAAUGUUUUAAUUGGCCGUGGGCAAGGGAAGAAAAAUCAUGUUGAAAAUCUUGAAAAACUGAAGAUGUGGUGCCAAAAAUACAACGUUGCUUUCAAGAUAAAUUCUGUGAUCAAUCGUUUCAAUGUGGAAGAAGACAUGAAUGAGAAAAUCAAAGCUCUAAAUCCUGUCCGCUGGAAGAUAUUUCAGUGCUUGCUCAUCGAAGGAGAAAAUACAGGAGAAGAAUCUCUGAGAGAAGCUGAAAGAUUCAUCAUCAAUGAUGAAGAUUUUGAACGAUUUGUGCACCGUCAUAAAGAUCUCCCAUGCUUAGUCCCUGAAUCUAAUCAAAAGAUGAGAGAUUCCUACUUAAUUCUGGAUGAAUAUAUGCGUUUUCUCAACUGCAUAAAUGGCCGGAAAGAGCCUUCUCGGUCAAUCCUGGAUGUAGGAGUAAAAAGUGCUAUACAAUGCAGUGGCUUUGAUGAAAAUAUGUUUUUGAAGCGAGGAGGCAAAUAUGUCUGGAGCAAAGCAGAUAUGGCACUGCAGUGGUGAUCCAACUUGUUAUCUGCUAGAAACGUCUGCAAGCACAAACUGUACUCAUUUUACUCUUCUCUUCAGAGAAAGAUGCUCAAUAGUUUUUUUUAAAGAAACUG